AUGCAUCUCAACUCCCUCAUGUUCAGAAGAAAAAUUCAAAGCGCACUUCGUCAUGGGGUUGCCAUGGACAUGUGCAAUAGACAAGUGGUAGGGAAAAGAAAGCACAGCACCCUGAAGAACCUUCCGAACGAAAUUUUGAACCAACCAAUGACUCAAAUUAGUAGCUUAUCAAAUAAAUUAAAAGUUGCAACAAUCAGAAAUAGUUGCGAAGUUCCAACUAUUGGAAUAUGGAUCAGUAGUGGAAGUAAGUAUGAAAACAAAAGCAACAAUGGUGUUGCACACUUUUUGGAACAUAUGAUAUUUAAAGGGACAAAAAAAAGGAAUAGAAUCCAAUUAGAAAAAGAAAUUGAAAAUAUGGGUGCACAUCUGAACGCAUACACAGCGAGAGAACAAACUAGCUAUUACUGUAGAUGCUUUAAAGAAGACAUUAAAUGGUGCAUCGAACUUUUAAGUGAUAUUCUUAGCAAUAGUAUAUUCGAUGAUAACUUAAUUGAUUUAGAAAAACACGUGAUAUUAAGAGAAAUGGAAGAAGUGGAAAAAUCCAAAGAUGAAGUGAUUUUUGAUAAAUUACACAUGACUGCUUUCAGAGAUCAUCCAUUAGGCUACACCAUUUUAGGACCCGUAGAAAAUAUUCAAAAUAUGAACAGACAGAAUAUCAUUAAUUAUAUUCAAACUAAUUACACAUCGGAUAGAAUGGUUUUAUGUGCAGUUGGUGAUGUACAACAUGAAGAAGUUGUAAAAUUAGCUGAACAAUAUUUCAGUCAUAUAAAACCGCAAUCCAAAAACAAUACAUCUACAUCUAAUAUAGAUAAUGUAAAACCAUUUUUUUGUGGUUCUGAAAUUAUUAUGAGAGAUGAUGAUUCAGGGCCUAAUGCACACAUAGCUGUAGCAUUCGAAGGAGUAGAUUGGAAAUCACCUGAUUCUAUUACAUUCAUGUUAAUGCAAUGUAUUAUUGGAACAUAUAAAAAAAGUGAAGAAGGAAUUCUUCCAGGAAAGCUAUCCGCAAACAGAACUGUAAAUAAUAUAUGCAACAAAAUGACCAUCGGAUGUGCUGAUUAUUUUUCUUCAUUCAAUACAUGUUAUAACAAUACAGGUUUGUUCGGAUUCUAUGUUCAAUGUGAUGAACUAGCCGUAGAACAUGCCUUAGGAGAACUCAUGUUUGGAAUCACCUCUCUAAGUUAUAGUGUCACAGACGAAGAAGUAGAACUAGCCAAAAUACAAUUAAAAACGCAACUUAUUAAUAUGUUCGAGUCUUCCUCUACAUUAGCUGAAGAAGUUUCACGACAGAUACUUGUAUAUGGCAGAAAUAUUCCAUUGGCUGAGUUCAUACUAAGACUUGACAAAAUUGAUACAGAGGAAGUUAAAAGAGUUGCAUGGAAAUAUUUGCACGAUCGAGAAAUAGCAGUUGCAGCAAUGGGUGCACUCCAUGGCAUGCCUCAGUACAUAGACUUACGACAGAAGACCUAUUGGUUGAGAUAUUAG